GCGGGGCGAAGGUUUGCGCAGGCGCAUUGUGCUGGGUCGCUCCUCCCCCCCCUAUAUAUACGGCGCGCUCCCGGCAGCACUUUCGCAGUGGGCCGCGCGCCCCCGCGCCGUGAGGAGCUGCCGCUAUGGGGAGGAAAUCGAGCAAAGCCAAGGAGAAGAAGCAGAAACGCCUGGAGGAGCGCGCAGCCAUGGCUGCUGUCUGCGCCAAGGUGGAGGCUGCCAACAAACUGGAAGAUCCCCUCGAAGCCUUUCCAGUCUUCAAGAAAUAUGAUCGCAAUGGCCUCAACGUUUCCAUCGAAUGCAAACGUGUCUCCAGCCUGGAACGAGCCACGGUUGACUGGGCGUUCGAACUGACCAAAACCAACAUGCAGACUCUGUAUGAACAGAGCGAAUGGGGUUGGAAGGACAGGGAGAAAAGGGAUGAGCUGACAGAUGAGCGUGCCUGGUUCCUGAUUGCACGUGAGCCCGGCGCCCGCCCUGUUGCCUUUUCCCAUUUCCGCUUUGACGUCGAGUGUGGAGAUGAGGUUCUGUACUGCUACGAAGUGCAGCUGGAGAGCCAAGUGCGACGGAAAGGGCUGGGCAAGUUCCUCCUGCAGAUCCUACAGCUGGUGGCCAAUAGCACGCAGAUGAAGAAAGUGAUGCUGACAGUUUUCAAGCACAACCACGGCGCCUAUCAGUUCUUCCGAGAAGCGUUGCAGUUUGACAUCGAUGAUUCCUCACCCAGUGUCUCAGGCUGCUGUGGGGACGACUGCUCCUAUGAGGUCCUGAGCCGGAGGACGAAAUUCGGUGACGGUCACCAACUCCCUGCUGGUGGGCACUGCGGUACCUGCUGCCAUUGAGCCCCUACACCCAAAUCCAUCGUAUCUUCACCCAAAAUUGGGCUCAGCCAGCCUGGCUGCGUUCCCCUGUUUGUCACCUCCGUGUUUUGGGGGCCUUCAGGUAGUAUUCACCGUCAUAGGGUGACCCUUAGCACCCCUCCGCCCACGUGCUUUGGGGUGGGGCUCUCACUUUGGGGAUUUAAAGAAGGAUUUUGCCUGUUUUUUCUCGGUUUUGGCCGCUCUGGUUUGUAUGUUACAAAUAAAGACAGUAGAGUUUGU